UCCUUGUAAGAAAACGAAAAAUAAAAAGGUGGCUGAGCAGAGGUGAGAUGGAUGAUGAUCAUCGCUGAAAAAUGACGACGACGAAGAUGACAUCUCACUGAAGCUCAAGAAACACCAUCAAAAACCCAAUUUUCACUUGUUUUUUCUUUUAUUUUCUCAUAUUUUUUGCUUGAAAAGUUGUAAACCCUCCGCCGCUUGAAGACAAAACUGUGAAGACUCUCAUACUCUCUUGACCCAGUAAUCCAGGCAAACCCUUAUAUAUAUAUGUAUGUAUAUAUGUAAAUAAAUAUAUUUCGAAUUUCACCAAUACCCAAAUCGCAAUUUCCAAUUGGGAACCCAAAAACCCUAGAAAGAUCGGAUUUUGGAGUGGAUCGGGUGAGGAGGAAGAGGAAGAAGAUGGGGGAUAAACAGGACGACGAUCGGAGUCAGAGCAGCGACUACACGUCGGAGGACGAAGGCACCGAGGACUACCGGCGCGGCGGCUACCACGCCGUCCGAAUCGGCGACACUUUCAAGAGCGGACGGUAUGUCGUUCAGACCAAGCUCGGCUGGGGCCAUUUCUCCACCGUCUGGCUCGCCUGGGACGCCCAACACUCCAGAUUUGUUGCUCUGAAAGUGCAAAAGAGUGCUGACCACUACACCGAGGCGGCCAUGGAUGAGAUAACCAUCUUGAAACAGAUUGCAGAGGGAGACCCAGAUGAUAAAAAAUGCGUGGUGAAGCUUCUAGACCAUUUUAAGCAUUCGGGUCCGAAUGGGCAACAUGUUUGUAUGGUUUUUGAGUACUUGGGUGAUAAUCUGUUGACGCUUAUUAAGUAUAGUGAUUACCGGGGAGUGCCACUACAUAAGGUUAAGGAGAUUUGUUAUCAUGUUUUGGUUGGAUUGGAUUAUUUGCACAGACAGCUGUCGAUUAUACACACUGAUUUGAAGCCAGAGAAUAUCUUGUUGAUGUCAAUGAUAGACCCGCUCAAGGAUCCGACAAAGUCAAGAGCACCUCUUAUUCUUCCGGGUGGUAACGACAAGGAUGCAUCGGAGUCAGGGUAUGCAAAAGUGUUAAAUGGGGAUAUGAGUCGGAACCAGAAGAAAAAGAUUAGAAGAAAGGCGAAGCGUGCAGCUCAAGAGUGCGUGGAUAGAGAUGAAGCUGAUGCUGAUGUAGAAACAUCCACUGAGGUAGAGGCAUCUCCUAACACAAGAUUGAAUGUGCGUUCUGUCGAAGACCAGUCUACUAGUUCUGUCAGUGCGAAUAGAUCAUCAGAUGCUGGUGGGCCAAAUGGCUCUCGUCCAGGAAGUCAGGGUAGUAAGAGAGGCAAUCGCACCACAAGGCAGAAGUUGUUGGCAUCAAUUGACCUGACGUGCAAAUUGGUUGAUUUCGGGAAUGCAUGUUGGACGUACAAACAGUUCACAAACGAUAUCCAAACAAGACAGUAUAGGUGUCCAGAGGUCAUCCUCGGCUCAAAAUAUUCAACCUCGGCAGAUCUUUGGUCUUUUGCAUGCAUUUGUUUUGAGCUUGCAACUGGUGAUGUACUCUUUGAUCCCCACAGCGGUGACAACUUUGACAGGGAUGAGGAUCACUUAGCAUUGAUGAUGGAGCUUCUUGGAAUGAUGCCACGAAAGAUUGCCUUAGGUGGUCGAUAUUCUAGAGAUUACUUUAAUAGAUACGGGGAUUUGAGGCACAUUCGUCGCUUGCGUUUUUGGCCCCUGAAUAAGGUUCUGGUAGAAAAGUACGAAUUCAGCGAGAAAGAUGCAAGUGAAUUAACCGACUUCCUUGUUCCCAUCCUCGACUUUGUCCCUGAGAAACGGCCUACUGCUGCACAGUGCCUUCUUCAUCCAUGGAUCAAUGCAGGUCCUCGGCUACUGGAACCAUCUAUAGCUGCUGAUAAAAAACAAGGAGUGGGCAGUGACACGGCUGAAGAAAACCAGAGGGAAAAAGACGAGAGGGAGGCAAUGGAGGUUGGAGUGGGAAAUAUCGCCAUUAAUUCCGAUUCUAAACGGGUCAAAGAUGUCCCAUCCAGUAGUAAACCUUCCAGGGCAGCCGAAGGUAAUCUAUCCAGGUAGAGUUGUAGCAUAAGUUUUGUCUACGGAUAUGCCUCUUCAUCGGAUUUUUUGUUCGACUGCGGAAUUUCUGGCAAAGUGUGACUGCUUCCGGCUCGAGUUACAAACUUAUUUUUUGUGGUUGGGAGGAGGAUGAUAGAACUUGAGCAUAGGGAAAUUUGGUGCUCCAAUUAUAAAGGGAACAUCCUUUCAGCCGCAAUUGCCAAACACUCUACACUCUUCUCUGAAAAUAUUCAUUUCAAUGUGAUUCAUUUCAUGUACUACUGAAUACCAAAUUUGAAAUAUAAAAAUUCCCAUAAUGUUUUA